AUGGUGGGCGGCGGCGGGACGCGCGGGCGUCUCGCGCCGUUGGCCGCAGUGGGCGGCAACCUGGCGCGCAACGCUGGCCCCGUGCUGACCUGCGCGGCAGCAGCUGCCGCCAGCAUGUGGUUGGCAAAAAGCAACAGGGCGCGCAAGGUGGAGGCGGCGGCCCUGGAGCGACGCGAGGCACGGCUGGAGGCCUAUGACGCGGCCCUCCAGGCCACAGAGCAGGAUCUGGAGAAGGCUUGGCAAGUGUUGGAGGAGGAGGAUUGCAGGCGCCACGCCGUGAAGGCUGUCGUCGAGACGGCCUUCUCCAAGAUCCGCGCCCAAGAGGCGCGUGAGCUCAUCGCCGCCGCCCAGGCUCAGGCGGCGGCGGUGCACCAGGAGGCCGAGGCCGCGCGCUCCAGGGCGGUGCGGGUGGAGGCCUCUUCCAGGCGGCGCAGCGCCAAGCUGGGGGCGCGAGAGGCUGCGGUGCGGACGGGCGAGGCGCGGAUGAGCAGGCGCACGAAGGCGCUGGAGGAGGCUGAGGAGGCGCAGGAGCGAGCGGCAGUGGAGCUGGCGGUGGAGCGCGCACAGGUGGAGCACCGCGCCGCGCGCGCUGAGGCGGCGUGUGCGGAGGCGGCGGGCCGCCUGCGCGCGACCAUCGUGGAGGUGGCCGAGGCGCGGGACGAGCUGCAGGUGGGGCGCUGUGGGGGUUGGGGUUUUGGGCCGGGGGUUGGGCAAGGGAGUGUGCAGGCCAUUCCAGACAGCGUUCAGCUGAUUUGA